UACGUCUUCCAACCGUGAAGCAGCCCUUUGUGUGGUCUGAUCAAUAGGUCACUGUUGCCACAUUUGCUUUGAUGUGUGGAAUGUUUGUGGAAUGUGGACUAAGUGCCACAACUUCCACACCUUCAAAGGAUAAAAUGAGCGUUGCUUUAUAUUCUUCUUUGUAAAUCUGCCCAUCAUCGCACUCAUACCAUUAACUAUCAUUUCUUACACCUCACCUCGUUCUAAUUCUCACCAUGCCGUCAACAAAUGAUUUAACACCCGUAUAUGUCCAUCCCCCUGUCAAAACUCAAAGACCACUCCGAGAGCGCUGCUCCGUCCAACUCACAGUUCAAACUACAUUAAAACGUUUCUCCCAUGGCCCUGUAACGUGUAACAUGCCCGCCACCAAAGUGGCACCACGCACCGCGCAUCCCGAGUGGCAUAAUUUUGUCCACUACGACGCACCUUUGGAAUGUUUUUCUAGGAGUUACCACCUGGAAAAAAUACUGGAGGGCCUAUACGUCGCAUUCGCCGACGCACAUGAAGUCGAUACGCUUUGUGCGGAAGCUGGGGUGCCGUUCAGCCACGUCCUGCGAAUAGAGCCUGUCGAAGAUAUUGCAGCAUCAGGCUCUAGGAGCGAGGAAACGAUGGAAGGUUAUUUUAGGACACAGAAGCUGACGCUCAAGUGCCCGGGGCAGGGGAGAAGCGCGGGUUACACAGCGCUCAACGCCUCUCAGCUUUGUGCAGCACGGGACUACCUUUCCCUGGUCAUGCCGUAUUCGAGCCGCAUCAUUCCAAAGCCUCACCCUCCGCGCUUCAACGUCCAGUUACUUGUUGUCGCACCAGCAGAUCGUGCAGUUGAUGUGAUGUCGGUGGUGGUGUGCUAUCUCGCAUUCUCUUCUGGAUAUCAUGCGGAGACCGUGAUGCAGUGUAUCGGAGAGGAGGAGUAUGAUGAAGUAUGGAAGGGGGUCAUUUCGCCAGAGGGUCUGGAUUUUGUGGAACGUAUUGCGAGGGUUAUAUAGGGCUAACUACCUGAUUGCGCAGGGAGGGCUAUGGCUAGCAGGACGUGGUAUUGCUUUGCGUAUUAUUGCACACACCCGUAGGAUAUUUCUGUAAGAUAUUGUCAAAGGGGCUCAAGGAACUCACACACAUUGAUAUAAUG